AUGCUAAGCCCGCCAGGAAGCAACUUGCAGCGAUCGCUGAGGGAAGCUCUCGAGAAACGAGAAUCAAAGGGAACCCUUCGUGCGCUCAAGGUUGUACCAACCGGCGCCGUUGACUUUUCAUCCAACGACUUUCUUUCUCUCUCGACCAACCCGACCUUUCGAAGCCGGUUCCUAAGCAACCUCGCCCAAGCUUCGAGCUCGCUUCCUCUGGCGAGUACCGGUUCACGGCUGCUGGACGGCAAUUCCCUUUACGCGGAGCAGCUCGAGCAGCAGAUUGCCAGCUUCCACAAUGCGCCCUGCGGUCUGAUUUUCAACUCAGGCUUCGAUGCCAAUUCAGGAGUGUUUACAUGUAUCCCCCAGCCAGGCGAUGUGGUCAUCUACGACGAAUUGAUUCAUGCUAGCGUGCAUGAUGGCAUGCGACUGUCUCGUGCCAGGAAACUAGUGGCGUUCAUACACAACUCGGUCGAGGAUUUUGAACGGGUUCUCGAAGCUCUCCUCAUCGAUGACCCUCUGCUGCUGGCUGGCCGGCGGAAUGUGUUUGUCGCUCUGGAGUCGAUAUAUAGUAUGGAUGGAGACUUUGCGCCUAUACGAGAGAUUCUGGACAUGCUAGAGAAGAAACUCCCGCAUGGGAACGGACACGUUAUAGUGGACGAAGCUCAUGCGACCGGAGUAUUUGGUACGCAUGGAGCCGGUGUCGUGCAGCAGCUCGGUGUGGAAGAUCGUGUCCUUAUCAGGCUGCAUACUUUCGGCAAGGCGCUCGCUAGCAAUGGAGCCAUCAUCCUUUGCUCUCCGCUUGUUAGAGAAUAUUUAAUAAACUAUGCCAGGCCUCUCAUCUUUACCAGCGCCUUGGGAAUGCCCUCCCUUGCCGCAGUCCGCACAGCAUAUGAAUUGAUGGAAGAGGGGAAGACACGGCAGCUGCAACUCCAUCUUCAGGACCUCAUCCAAUUCUUCCAUGAAAAGCUCAUGCAGCUUUCUCCAUCAGAUACCUCCCUACUCGAGGCAAAGCACUCACCUACAUCGCCCAUCUUCUCGCUCCAAACUAAAUAUCCCCGCGAACUAUCCAAGGCGUGCCAGGAUGCAGGUCUGAUGGUUCGAGCAAUAAUGCCGCCCACUGUCCAAGUGGGGACUGAGCGAGUACGGGUCUGUUUACAUUCUGGGAAUAACAUGGGACAGGUACUAUUGCUUUCUGGGGUGAUUGAAAAAUGGGUAAAGGAGAAAUCCCACCAAGUUACCGAAAAUAGGCUUGAGGCCGCCAAACUAUAG